CACCUUUUCAUCAUUCAGAGUCAUCCAUCAAAGUAUUGUAUUACAACUCCGCCAAUAUUCACUAAUACAAUACUAUGGUGAGAGCAAGGAUUCCACUGCUGCUGUUGCUGGGAAUUCUUUUCCUGGCAUCACUUUCUGUCUCCUUCGGCAUCGUACACCGGGAGAACAUUGAUGGCGCAGAAGUGUCCGUUUCAAGAGGAAAAAAUAACCCUUUCUACUUCAACUCUGACAGGUGGUUCNACANUCUAUUCAGAAACCAAUUCGGUCACCUUCGGGUCCUCCAGAGGUUCGACCAACGCUCCAAACAAAUGCAGAAUCUUGAAAACUACCGUGUUGUAGAGUUCAUGUCCAAACCCAACACCCUCCUUCUUCCUCACCAUGCUGAUGCCGAUUUCCUCCUAGUUGUCCUUAAUGGGAGAGCGGUACUCACCUUGGUNAACCCUGACGGCAGAGACUCCAACAUUCUUGAGCAAGGCCAUGCUCAGAAAAUCCCUGCAGGAACCACUUUCUUUUUGGUUAACCCUGACGACAACGAGAAUCUCAGAAUAAUCAAACUCGCCGUACCCGUUAACAACCCUCACAGAUUUCAAGACUUUUUCCUAUCUAGCACAGAAGCACAACAAUCCUACUUGCAAGGAUUCAGCAAGAAUAUUCUAGAGGCCUCCUUCGAUAGCGACAUCAAGGAGAUAAGCAGGGUUCUGUUUGGAGAGGAGGGACAGCAACAACAGCAAGGCCAGGAGAGUCAGCAAGAGGGAGUGAUUGUUGAACUUAAAAGGGAACAGAUUCGGGAAUUGACCAAACAUGCCAAAUCUAGUUCAAAGAAAUCCCUUUCCUCCGAAGAUCAACCAUUCAACCUGAGAAACCAAAAACCCAUCUACUCCAACAAAUUUGGAGAGUUUUACGAGAUCACACCGAAGAAAAACCCCCAACUUAAGGAUUUGGACGUGUUCAUCAGUUCCGUGGAUAUGAAAGAGGGAAGCCUUCUUCUGCCACACUACAAUUCUAAGGCCAUAGUCAUACUGGUGAUUAAUGAGGGAGAAGCAAACAUUGAACUGGUUGGUCUAAGAGAAGAACAACAGCAGCAGCAGCAGCAAGAUGAAAGGUUGGAAGUGCAGAGGUACAGAGCCGAGGUGUCUGAAGACGAUGUUUUUGUAAUCCCAGCAGCUUAUCCAGUUGCCAUCAACGCAACCUCCAAUCUAAAUUUCUUUGCUUUCGGUAUCAAUGCUGAGAACAACCAGAGGAACUUCCUUGCAGGUGAGAAAGACAAUGUGAUUAGUGAGAUACCUACAGAGGUGUUGGAUCUUGCUUUCCCUGCGCCUGGUGAGAAGGUUGAGAAGUUGGUACAGAAGCAGAGUACUUCCCACUUUGUUGAUGCACAGCCUGAGGAACAGCAAAGGGAGGAGGGUCCUAAGGGAAGAAAGGGUCACUUCGUGUACUGAACAACUAUAAACUAAAUUAUGUAAGGUGUAAGAACUCAGAGAGCGUGGAAAUAUGUAUCGGACCAUGUAACAAAUAACUGAGUUCCUCCUGACUUCUUCUAUGAAUAAACAAAUCGAGCAUAUAUAA